AUGUCCAUCUCUAACCUCAUAUUUUUCGACGAAAUCGCCUCAAGGCACGACAUCAUGAGCGACGAACCUGUAGAACUCACCAACCUUGGAGCGUCCAAGGUUGACACCCCACCAGAGGAUGCUACACCACGCGUUCAAUACCCGCGUGGUAUCCGCUUGGCUUUGAUAACUGUCGGCCUCGCUCUCUCCAUCUUUCUCGCUGCUUUGGAUUCAACAAUCAUCGCUACCGCAAUCCCGAGCAUCACCACGCAAUUCCGUAGCAUCAGCAGCCUGGCCUGGUAUGGCUCGUCCUACGCAAUUACCAACACCGCAUUUCAAUCUGCGUGGGGCAAAGCCUACCAGUACUUCAGCCUCAAAGCCACCUUCAUGUCUGCAAUUGCAGUGUUUGAGAUCGGUAAUGUAAUAUGCGCAACUGCACCAACAAGCGAGGUUUUGAUCUUCGGGAGGAUCGUGUCUGGCAUGGGCGGUGGCGGAGUGAUGACGGGUGCGUUCAUCAUCGUCGCAAUGACAGCUGGACCGCAAUACAGGGCCGCCUAUAUGGGCGUGUUUGGCGUGACUUUUGGAUCUGCAAGCGUCGUGGGACCAUUGUUGGGUGGCGUUCUGACAGACGGCCCUGGAUGGCGAUAUUGCUUUUGGAUCAGCCUACCGAUUGGUUUCGCUGCUGCGCUCACGAUGUUCCUCUGUUUCCAUGACCCUGGCAAGCCCAAGGAUGUACCUCUCCGCGAGAAGCUCCUGAAUUUGGACCUUAACGGCGCCAUCUUGCUAUCCGGAUGCUUCUCUUGCUUCAUCCUAGCCACGCACUGGAUCGGCAUCAUGCCUCCGACUAGUGCUCGUAUCAUUGGCAGCUUUAUCGGUUUCGUGGGCCUUUUCAUCUGCUUCGCGAUCAACGAACGCUACAUGGGGAGCUGCGCGAUGGUACAAGCUCGCGUGUUCAAGAACAAACUGGUCUUCGCCAAUCUGCUAUAUGCAUCCUUCAUUGCGGGCGCCUUCUUUCCGCUCAUGUAUACACUGCCAAUCCAGUUCCAAUCUGUCAACAACAACACGGCUUCGCAGAGUGGACUCCGACUUAUUCCACUCGUCAUGGGCGUCUCACUCUUCACUAUGAUAUCUAACGGAACCCUCACCUUCUGGCGCCACUAUAAGCCCUUCUUCUUUGUCGGCGCAAUCUUGGCCGUAGCUGGAAACAUAAAGAUACACUCCUUGGAUGCCAGCACACCAACUAGAGACUGGGUCGGCUUCGAGCUUUUGACAGCCACGGGAGUCGGCCUCGCUCUUCAGAUCCCGAUGAUUGCCAAUCAGGCUCUCGUUUCUGCAGACGACCUAGCCGCUGUAACAUCGAUGUCGCUCUUCAUGGAAAAUACUGGUACUGUAUUCUCCGUAGCAUCGAGUGAAGCGGCAUUCACGAACGGACUGCUUUCAAGCCUCGCCCGCAACCUGCCCGAACUGGACGCGAAGGAGAUAAUGGAUGCUGGCGCGACGCAGAUCCGCGGGCUGUUCUCAGGUCAUGAGCUUGAUCAGGUAUUGAGAGGGUAUCUGGAUGGCUGUAAGACCAGCCAUGUCAUUCCCGUAACCUGUGGCGCAGUCUGUGCGGCAAUCAGUUUGUCCAACGCUGUGCCGGCGACCUUACAAGGGAUAAAGAAGCGGCUUGGGAAAAGCCAUGAUCGAUGA